AUGCCUGACAAUCAACCCUCCAGCGAGCCAGAGCUGCCUGAAGGCUGGGCUUAUGUGACUUCGGGGCCUGACAAGGCCAAGCAUGUUGUUCACUUUCAGUCACCUCAAAAGGAAGACACCACGACGUUUAAGCUUACGAAGGGCGCCUACCAUGCUGUGUGGCUCUACGUGAUGACCGGCUUGGCUUAUCCGGAGAACGACCAUCGCUUCGAGGAGAUCAUUCCGCGAGGCAACCUUCAGACCUUGGAGAAGCAUGACCAGAGUGCGUGGACGGACAUGCGUACCGCGAUUGUAAACAUCCAUACUCAUUGCAAAUCGUUCAACGACGAGAGCAUGUCGACUUGGACCUCAAUGACCAACGAUGUCCUGACUUACGUGAAGUAUGCGUUAUCUAACCUGGAGGGCCCAGAUAACUUCAGCCAAAGCCUAGCCGUGUUGGUUGGAGACAAGUAUCGACGGAAGUCGGAGACUGAUCCAGAGCCGGCUCAUGACCAAACUUACAAGGACGCCGUGGAGGUGUUGCAGGAUAUUUGUGCGGACUUGAAACGCUCGGCGGACGGCUACGCUACUAAAUGUCAGCAUCACAUCGACAAGGUUGAAAGUUUCAGGAACACCACCAUGUCGGACAAAACGAAAGUUGAUGACCUGGACUAUCGCUUCAAUUCGAAAACGGACCACGAAGGCAAGGCGAGGAAGUGCUAUACUGACCUCAUCAACGGGGACUUGGCAACGAUUCGUGCUGACGAGGCAUUACAACUCAGCACGGAGCAGUCUGCUCGACAGGAAUAUAAAGACGAUGUUACUGCCGCUGCCACUUCCGUAACAUACGCUUGGUGGUUCCCCAUCGGGACACUGGCCGCCAUUGGCGUUGCGACGGCAUUUGGGAUCAAAGCCGAGCAAGCCAAAAAGCGAAUGGAGGACGCCGAGCGUGACUACGGCAAAGACGUGGCGAAGGAGCGAGCUCUCAUGACCUUGAGUAACUGGACUUCGCAUAUGGGCGAGACUGUCCACGGGCUGGAUACAGCCAUGAACGAGGCCAUAGAAGCCAUGGCUUCGAUCAAAACCAUGUUCGAGCAGCAGAAAUCCGGCUUCGACAUGGUGCAGACAGAGCUGGGUGAUGUCACGUCCAAGUUCAACAAGGACUACAAUCUUCGUAAGCGGAUUCUCGGCAAGUUCGACGAGUGCAUCAAGGAGUGGCAUACGAUUCAGAAACUGGCACGAGACUUUCUGGACAGUAGUAGUCCGACCAUCUCGGGUGAGAAGGAGCCAAAGUGUGUGGGUAAUUUGGAGAAGCUCCCGAACGAGGCAAAGCCGCCAACAUAG